CUCAACAUAAUACUAACUAAAACAUUAGUUUUAUCUCAAUGACUACAUGAUUAGGACAUAGUUGAACUUGGGAAGUCACUAAGUUCAAACCAGUUGACAUUUUAAUUCUCUUAAUUGCAUACCUUCCAUUCCUCUCUUUAAAUAGUAGCAUGAUUUUAUGACCUCUUCAAAUUAACGACUACGAUUGAGAACCAUCCACACACAUAGCGACCCGAAUACCACCCAAACAUGGAUCAAAUCCCCCCUCCAAAGGAGGUUAAGAUCCUCGAAACCGCCGAGGAUAUCCAGGAACGUCGUCAGGAAGUCUUAUCCCGCUACGACAACUUCAAAGCCGACGCUAGAGCUAAGAGGGAGAAGUUAGAAGAUUCCAGAAGGUUCCAAUACUUCAAGAGAGACGCCGAUGAAUUGGAAUCAUGGAUUUUGGAGAAACUACAGGCAGCUAGUGACGAAAGUUACAAAGAUCCUACCAAUUUGCAAGCUAAGAUUCAGAAACAUCAAGCCUUUGAAGCUGAAGUCGCUGCUCAUAGCAAUGCUAUCGUCGUUUUAGACAAUACUGGUAGAGAGAUGAUCAAUCAGAACCAUUAUGAGAGCGAAACUAUCAGAAGACGUUUGGAGGAACUUCAUAGACUUUGGGAACAACUUCUUUCCAAACUGGCCGAAAAAGGCACCAAACUUCAACAAGCUCUAGUUCUCGUCCAGUUUAUUCGUCAUUGCGACGAAGUCAUGUUCUGGAUUAACGAAAAAAGCGCUUUUCUUUCCGCCGAAGAGUUUGGCCAUGACUUAGAACACGUAGAAGUCUUGCAGCGCAAAUUCGACGAAUUCCAAAAAGACAUGGCUUCCCAAGAAUACCGAGUUACAGAAGUCAACGAACUGGCUGAUAAAUUGCUACAUGACGGACACCCAGAGAGAGACCAAAUCAUCACAAGAAAAGAAGAAUUAAAUAACGCUUGGCAACGCCUUAAGCAAAUGACAUUGAUGCGUCAAGACAAACUCUAUGGCGCUCAUGAAAUCCAGCGCUACAACAGGGAUGCCGACGAAACUGUUGCAUGGAUCGCCGAAAAGGAUGUUGUGCUAUCUUCAGAUGAUUACGGUAGAGAUUUGGCAAGUGUGCAAGCUUUGCAACGUAAGCACGAAGGCGUUGAAAGAGAUUUGGCAGCUUUGGAAGAUAAAGUAUCUACCUUGGGUAAAGAAGCAGAUAGACUGGGAGCUAUCCACGAUGACCAUGGCGAUGUAAUUCAAUCUAAGAGGUCAGAAAUUCAAGAUUAUUGGCACAGUUUGACUGCUAAAGCCAAGGAAAGACGUGAAAAGUUGGAAGAAUCAUACGCCCUUCACCGCUUCCUAGCCGAUUUCAGAGACUUGGUCCACUGGAUCAAUGACAUGAAAGCCAUCAUUUCCGCAGACGAACUGGCGAAAGAUGUUGCUGGAGCUGAAGCCUUGUUAGAAAGACAUCAAGAACACAGAGGCGAAAUUGACGCUAGAGAAGACAGCUUUAAAUCCACCACCGAAGCUGGGCAAGCUCUCUUGGACAAAGGACAUUAUGCCAGUGACGAAGUCAAAGAAAAACUGUCUAUGUUGGAAUCUGACAAGAGAUCUUUGAUUUCGCUUUGGGAUGAAAGACGCAUUUUAUAUGAGCAGUGUAUGGAUUUGCAAGUCUUCUACAGAGACACAGAACAGGCUGACACCUGGAUGGCGAAACAAGAAGCGUUUUUAGCCAACGAAGACCUUGGCGAUUCUUUGGACUCUGUUGAAGCUCUUAUCAAGAAACACGAAGAUUUCGAAAAGUCUUUGGCAGCACAAGAAGAGAAGAUUAAAGCCUUAGAUGAAUUUGCUACCAAGUUGAUAGAUGGCGAACAUUAUGCGGCUGAUGAUGUAGCUCAAAGACGAGCUAUGCUUUUGGAACGCCGCAAGGCUCUCAAAGAAAAAUCUAGUAUUCGCAGAGAAACGCUGGAGGACGCUUACAAACUACAACAGUUUGAAAGAGAUUGUGACGAAACCAAAGGGUGGAUUAACGAAAAACUUAAAUUCGCAACCGACGAGAGUUAUUUGGACCCUACUAAUUUGGGAGGCAAAGUACAGAAACAUCAAAAUUUCGAACAAGAACUCAAUGCCAACAAAUCAAGAAUGGAAGAUAUUACAUCAACUGGGCAAGAACUCAUCGAGGCUGACCAUUAUGCUGCACCUCGUAUUCAAUCAAGAAUGGAAGAGAUCGUGAACCUUUGGGAGACUUUGGUUCAAUCAACAGAUAAAAAGAAUUCAAAGCUUCAAGAAGCCAGUCAACAGCAGCAAUUCAACAGAACCAUCGAAGAUAUCGAGUUGUGGCUAUCUGAGAUUGAAGGUCAGCUUAUGUCAGAAGAUUAUGGCAAAGAUCUGACGUCUGUGCAAAAUUUACAGAAGAAACACGGUUUGUUGGAGGGAGAUGUGGCAUCACAUCAAGAUAGAAUCGAAAGUAUCACUUCUGCUGCUAACCAGUUUGUAGAAAGAGGACACUUUGAUGCUGACAACAUCGCUCACAAACAGAAGGUUCUGACCGAUAGAUAUGCAGCUCUUCAAACACCGAUGGCAGUUAGAAAGCAAAGGUUGUUGGAUUCACAUCAAGUUCAACAGUUGUUUAGAGACAUUGAGGAUGAAGAAGCUUGGAUUAGAGAAAAGGAACCCGUUGCUGCAAGCACAAAUAGAGGUCGCGAUUUGAUUGGAGUACAAAACUUGAUCAAAAAACACCAGGCAGUAUUGGCCGAAAUUAACAACCACGAAGGUCGUAUAAGUGCUGUCAUUGACGCUGGUAAGCAGAUGAUGGAAGAUGAACACUUUGCUAGUGACGAAAUCAGAAAUAGAGUAAAUGCUCUUAAUGAUCAUUGGGACUCUCUUAAGGAAAAGUCAACCCAACGCAAACAAGACCUUGAAGAUUCCCUUCAAGCCCACCAAUAUUACGCCGAUGCUAACGAGGCUGAAUCUUGGAUGAGAGAAAAGGAGCCGAUUGUCAGUAACACUGAUUACGGAAAGGACGAAGAUUCUUCCGAAGCUCUUUUGAAGAAACAUGAGGCUUUGAUGAGCGAUUUGGCUGCUUUUGGAAACACAAUCGAUGGCUUAAAAGAACAGGCUCGUAGCUGCAGGCAACAAGAGCCACCAGUAGUUGAUGUAACUGGAAGAGAAACUGUUCAAGCUUUGUAUGAUUACACAGAAAAAUCUGCCAGAGAAGUUUCGAUGAAGAAAGGCGAUUUGCUUCACCUGUUGAAUUCAAAUAACAAGGAUUGGUGGAAAGUCGAAAUCCACGAUCGUCAAGGGUUCGUUCCGGCUGCAUACGUAAAGAAAGUCGAUGCUGGCUUGACAGCUUCGCAACAAAAUCUUUUGGAUAGCAACUCGAUCUCCGCCAGACAGAACCAGAUCAACCAACAAUAUGACAGGCUUCUACAGUUGGCCAACGAACGUCGCACCAAACUCGACGAAACAGUCAAAGCCUAUGUCCUUGUUAGAGAAGCAGCUGAAUUGGCCGGAUGGAUUAAAGAUAAAGAAAUGCAUGCCCAAGUCGAAGAUGUUGGAGAAGACCUAGAACAAGUUGAAGUUAUGCAGAAGAAAUUCGAUGAUUUCCAAACAGAUUUGAAAGCAAACGAAGUUAGAUUGGCAGAAAUGAAUGAAAUAGCCAUGCAGCUUGUCUCGCUUGAUCAGACCGAAGCUGCUAUGAAGAUUCGAACCCAAAUAGACGAUUUGAAUACCAAGUGGACAGACUUGCAAAAGUUGACAUCUGAAAGAGCCAACCAAUUGGGAUCAGCUCACGAGGUCCAAAGAUUCCACAGGGAUGUUGAUGAAACCAAAGAUUGGAUCACUGAAAAAGAUGAGGCUUUGAAUAACGACGAUCUUGGUAAAGAUUUGAGAAGUGUACAAACCUUGCAAAGAAAACAUGAAGGAUUGGAAAGAGAUCUAGCUGCCUUAGGCGACAAGAUCAAACAAUUGGACGACACCGCCAACCGUCUGGUAAAUUCCCACCCGGAAAGCGCCGAACAAACGAGACUUAAACAAGAGGAAAUCACCGAACUAUGGACCCAAUUGACCGCGAAAGCGAACAGCCGCAAGGAGAAACUACUGGACUCCUACGAUCUCCAACGGUUCCUCAACGACCAUCGCGAUCUGUUGGCUUGGAUCAGCUCUAUGCUUGGAUUGGUCAGUUCCGAAGAGUUGGCCAACGACGUUACUGGCGCAGAAGCUUUGAUCGAACGCCACCAGAACUACAAGGCAGAAAUAGAUGCAAUGUAUGGCGCUCGUGCUCCUCAGGAACAUCGCACUGAAAUAGACGCACGCGCAGGAACCUUCCAUGCACUCGAACAAUUCGGUCAACAGCUGCUUAACUCGAAUCACUAUGCAAGCCCCGAAAUACAAGAUAAACUCGAAAAACUCAAUAAAGGUCGUGCUGACUUGGAACGAGCUUGGAUCGACAGACGCCUACAGUUGGACCAAAACUUAGAACUAAAUCUUUUCUACAGAGAUUGCGAACAGGCUGAAAACUGGAUGUCUGACAGAGAAGCCUUCUUGGCUUCUGACGAUGUAGAUAGCAACGGAGACAAUGUCGAAGCAUUGAUCAAGAAACACGAAGAUUUCGACAAAGCUAUUAAUGCCCAUGAGGAAAAGAUCGCUGCCUUGCAGAUGUUGGCUGAUCAGUUGAUUGAAAGGGAACAUUAUGCCGCCAAACCAAUUGAUGACAAACGUGCUCAAGUUUUGGAUAGAUGGCGUCAUCUCAAAGACGCUCUUAUCGAAAAACGUUCAAAAUUGGGCGAAAGUCAAACCUUGCAGCAAUUCUCAAGAGACGCAGACGAAAUUGAGAACUGGAUAGCAGAGAAACUUCAGUUGGCCACUGAAGAGAGCUACAAAGACCCCGCCAACAUUCAAUCCAAACACCAAAAGCACCAAGCAUUCGAAGCUGAAUUGGCGGCUAACGCAGAUAGAAUUCAAGCUGUGCUGGCCAACGGUGCCAAUUUGAUCAACAAGCAUCAAUGUGCCGGAUCGGAAGAAGCUGUUCAAAAACGUCUCGAGUCCAUUGCCGAUCAAUGGGAGUUCUUGACACAGAAAACUACAGAGAAGUCGCUUAAACUUAAGGAAGCCAAUAAACAAAGAACAUUUAUUGCUGCAGUUAAAGAUCUGGACUUCUGGUUGGGUGAAGUCGAGAGCUUGUUGACCAGCGAAGAUGCUGGUAAAGAUUUGACUUCUGUUCAAAAUUUGAUCAAGAAACACCAGUUAGUGGAAGCUGAUAUUCAGCAUCAUGAUGACAGGAUUAAAGAUAUGAACGACCAGGCAGAUUCCUUGGUUAAGAGCGGACAGUUCGAUUCAACAUCUAUUUUAGAAAAACGAGAUUCCAUCAAUUCAAGGUACGAAAGAAUCAAGAAUUUGGCUGCCCACCGACAAGCCAGGCUCAACGAAGCUAACACUCUACAUCAGUUCUUCAGAGAUAUCGCUGAUGAAGAAUCUUGGAUCAAGGAAAAGAAACUUUUGGUGGGUUCAGACGACUAUGGCCGCGACUUGACCGGUGUCCAGAACUUGAAGAAGAAACACAAACGUCUAGAAGCCGAACUCGCUUCUCACGAACCCGCUAUCCAAGCUGUUCAAGAAGCCGGCGAAAAGCUCAUGGACGUCUCUAAUCUGGGAGUCCCCGAAAUCGAACAACGUCUCAAGGCCUUAAACCAAGCUUGGGCUGAAUUGAAACAAUUGGCUGCUACCAGAGGACAGAAGUUGGAUGAAUCUUUGACUUAUCAACAGUUCUUGGCUAAGGUUGAGGAAGAAGAGGCCUGGAUUAGCGAGAAACAACAGUUGUUGGGCGUCGAGGAUUAUGGUGACACUAUGGCUGCUGUACAAGGAUUGCUUAAGAAACAUGACGCGUUCGAAACUGACUUCCAGGCCCAUAGAGAUCGCUGCAAGGACAUCAGCGACGAUGGUCAACGACUCGUUUCCGAAGGCAACCAUCAUUCUGACAGUAUUAACCAACGUUGCCAACAAUUGCAAACCAAACUGGAUCAUUUGGCGGCUUUAGCUGGUAGACGCAAGGCUAAGCUAGUAGACAAUUCGGCCUAUUUGCAAUUCAUGUGGAAGGCUGAUGUAGUUGAAAGCUGGAUCGCCGAUAAGGAGAGCCACGUCAAGAGCGAAGAGUUUGGAAGGGAUUUAUCUUCUGUUCAGACCUUGUUGACUAAACAGGAGACCUUUGACGCUGGUCUUACUGCAUUUGAACAUGAAGGUAUUCAAAACAUAACUGCACUUAAAGAUCAACUAAUUUCUUCCAACCACGACCAAACUCAAGCUAUUGUCCAAAGACAUCAAGCUGUUAUUUCCAGAUGGCAAAAACUUCUAAACGACUCUGACGCACGCAAACAACGUCUGCUGCGCAUGCAAGAACAAUUCAAAGAAAUCGAAGAGCUCUUCCUCAUGUUUGCCAAACGCGCGUCCGCGUUCAACUCCUGGUUCGAGAAUGCCGAAGAAGAUUUAACUGAUCCCGUACGUUGUAACUCAAUCGAAGAAAUUCGCGCGUUGAAAGAAGCCCAUUCCCAAUUCCAAGCUUCUUUGUCAAGUGCGCAAGCCGACUUUGACGGGUUAGCCGCGCUGGAUCAACAGAUCAAGAUGUUCAAUGUUGGACCCAACCCUUACACCUGGUUCAAUAUGGAAGCGUUGGAAGACACCUGGAGGAAUUUACAGAAGAUUAUAGCCGAGAGGGAUGUUGAGUUGAACAAGGAGGCGCAGAGACAAGAGGAGAACGAUAAGCUUAGAAAGGAGUUCGCUAAGCAUGCUAAUGCUUUCCACCAGUGGUUGACGGAGACACGUUAUCGAAUUUUAGGAUGGGACGGUACCUCCAUGAUGGAGGGCUCAGGUUCUCUGGAACAGCAACUGGAAGCGACGAAACGUAAGGCAGCAGAAGUACGUGCUCGUAGAUCAGAUCUGAAAAAGAUAGAGGACCUAGGAGCCAUUCUCGAGGAACAUCUCAUCUUGGACAACAGAUACACCGAACAUUCUACUGUCGGUUUGGCUCAGCAAUGGGAUCAACUGGAUCAGUUGGGUAUGAGGAUGCAGCACAAUUUGGAGCAACAGAUACAAGCGAGAAACCAGUCCGGUGUGAGCGAGGAUGCCCUAAAAGAGUUCUCCAUGAUGUUCAAGCACUUCGACAAAGAAAAAUCCGGAAAACUCAACCAUCAAGAGUUCAAGAGUUGUCUUCGAGCUCUUGGAUACGACUUACCUAUGGUGGAAGAAGGCCAACCUGAUCCAGAGUUUGAUGCUAUACUGGAUGUAGUGGAUCCGAAUAGGGAUGGUCACGUUUCUCUACAGGAAUACAUGGCCUUUAUGAUAAGCAAAGAAACUGAGAACGUCCAGAGUUCCGAGGAAAUAGAAAAGGCGUUCAGGGCAAUAACGGCAGGAGAUCGUCCAUAUGUCACCAAAGAAGAAUUAUAUGCCAAUCUUACCAAGGAAAUGGCGGACUACUGCGUGGCGAGGAUGAAGCCUUACGUAGAGCCGAAGACAGAACGGCCCAUCCAGGGCGCUUUGGACUAUAUCGAGUUCACACGCACACUUUUUCAAAAUUAGUUAGGUUAGGUUCCGCAUUAGUCGCUUACUCUUGCUAAACGUUAGAUAGACAGUAUAAUAUUAUUAUUGCAAUAAGAAACAAAUAUUUAUUGAAGAUUAUAUAUUUCAGAUUAUAUAUAUUUAUUGUUCCGUAUAUUCUUUUAACGAUUUUUAUGAGUGAACUGUUCUUACACUAUUUUUAUGGGCUUUGUGGCUUUAAUAUUGGGACAAGAUAUAUUUAAAAGUGUUCAUUUUAAUAUUAAUAUAGUUUUGUAUCUUUUAAUUAUUGUACUUGAGGUGUUUCUCAAAUAUAUAACUUUGCUUCAUUA